AAACCAUCUCCGCUCUCCUAAGGCGGCCCCAAAGCUGAGGCGCACCAGGCCGCGCCGAAGGAUUUUGGCGAGCCUUCGGCAGCGGCAAGGCGGCGACGAAGGAGAAGGAGGCGCUUUAGCGGCCGUCAUUUCCGCUGUGUGUGAGUCGGGGAGGGAGGAGGGCAGGCAAGUAAGCAAGAAAGAGCGCUCCUCGCCGCCGCCUCCUUCUCCUCCACGGUCUCUCGGACACCCCAGAGCGGGGAGAACGAAGAUAGAGGGAGAGACACCGAGCGCCGAGGGGAGGGAAGGCGCCGGUCCGCCCGCCCGCCCGCGCCGCCCAGCUAGCCUCGACACGCAGACGGGAUUCCUGCCCUUCCCCACUGGACGGACGGAGCAGCCCAACCUGCCGCCGCUCGCCCCGGCCCGGCCAUGGGGAACGCAGCUACCGCCAAGAAGGGCAACGAGAUCGAGAGCGUGAAAGAAUUCCUAGCCAAAGCCAAAGAAGAUUUUUUAAGAAAAUGGGAAAGUCCCCCUCAGAAUACUGCUGGUUUAGAUGACUUCGAGAGGCUAAAAACACUUGGAACCGGGUCAUUUGGCAGAGUCAUGUUGGUGAAACACAAAUCCACAGAACAGUAUUAUGCCAUGAAGAUACUGGAUAAACAAAAAGUGGUUAAAUUGAAGCAGAUAGAACACACACUGAAUGAAAAGAGAAUAUUACAAGCAGUGAACUUCCCUUUUCUUGUACGACUUGAGUAUUCUUUUAAGGACAAUUCUAAUUUAUACAUGGUUAUGGAAUAUGUUCCUGGGGGUGAAAUGUUCUCACAUUUAAGAAGAAUUGGAAGGUUCAGUGAACCACAUGCACGAUUUUAUGCAGCUCAGAUAGUGCUAACGUUUGAGUACCUCCACUCACUAGACCUCAUCUACAGAGAUCUAAAACCCGAAAAUCUUUUAAUUGACCAACAAGGAUAUAUCCAGGUCACAGACUUCGGGUUUGCAAAAAGAGUAAAAGGCAGAACCUGGACGUUAUGUGGGACUCCAGAAUACUUGGCACCUGAAAUAAUUCUCAGCAAGGGCUACAACAAAGCUGUAGAUUGGUGGGCCUUAGGAGUGUUAAUUUAUGAAAUGGCAGCUGGAUAUCCUCCAUUCUUUGCAGAUCAACCAAUCCAGAUUUAUGAAAAAAUUGUUUCUGGAAAGGUACGGUUCCCAUCACACUUUAGUUCAGACCUUAAAGAUCUACUAAGAAAUUUACUCCAAGUAGAUUUGACCAAACGAUAUGGAAAUCUCAAGAAUGGUGUAAAUGAUAUUAAAAACCACAAAUGGUUUGCCACUACAGAUUGGAUUGCCAUUUAUCAGCGAAAGGUAGAAGCUCCAUUCAUACCAAAAUGUAGAGGCCCCGGUGAUACCAGCAACUUUGAUGACUAUGAAGAAGAAGAUAUCCGUGUGUCUCUAACAGAGAAAUGUGCAAAGGAAUUUGCUGAUUUUUAGUACUUUCUGGAGGAUAAGAGGACAUCAGGGCUCACAUUGGGAUCUUUGCACUCUGUUAACUCAUGAGGUGGAGCUGAGACCAUCAUAUGUCAAAACAAUUACCUAGUUACUUCAUUCCACAAAGCUGACUGAGGUCUUUAUUGCCAUCUUCCAUGUGUGCAGUUUGCACCAACCCUUAUAACUAGGCACAAUUAAGCAAGCACGGUUUGUGCUGUAACACAGAAUAUAGACCACUUUUCCUAUUUACCUUUUGGGUUCUGUUGUUUCCUUUGUUUUCUGUGUAUUGUUAAUUUCCCUUCUCUUCUCUUCCCCCCCCCAAUCCCCCUUUUAAAAUGAAGUAGCCUUUUACCCAAGAACGCUCCAUUUUAUUUUGAAUAAUGUAUUUGUGUGAAUGAAACUGAAGGUGUUCUGGCUAGUAUGACUUAGACCGAAGUGAAAGAUAAGUGUUGCUUCUAGUCUGUGUGCCAGCCAAUCCUUCUGUGUCUGUCUUCGUGUCUGAGGCUACAGUUCAUAGGUUUGUAUUUUUUUUUAGUACCUCAGACUAACCCUAGCCAACAUCAUUAGCAUCUUUGAAGGUAGUAUUUAUCGCCAUAUGAGUGUAUGCUAAUUGACUUAAACACUUCUUCCUGGAGACUGACCAAACUUAGUUAGUAUCAAAAUUGGACAGUUUAUGUAGGGUACAGUAGCUAGACCCCGUGCCUUGGUUUUUCUACAUUGCUGGCAGUUCUUCUCCCUGCCUCAUAUUUCUCUUUCCUUUUUGGGGGCAGUAGGUAAAUACGCCAUAGGCAUACUGUGCCACGAGAAGCACAGUCUCUAUAAGCAGGAACAAUUCCAUUCAGCCUGGGAUUUGGACCAUAUUUAACCAUGCUUAAUUACCUGCAUUUAAGUAAGUAGUUAUUUAAAUGGGUUUUUAAACACCUUAAAACCUAAAACACUUAAGAUUUGGUCAGUAUUGUCAGAGACUAGGACUGAUUUUUAGUAAUGUCAAAUGUCGGGGCUCCUGAAGUACUUCACAUUUCAACCCUUUUUUAUGGAAAGGGGGGAAAGCAUCUCUUUUUUCCCCCCUUUAAAUCUCUUUAGCUAUGAGAAUAAAUGGUUUAGCAAAUGGAAAAUUUAGUAUUAAAAUAUGAUGCAUUGCUAGAUAAACAUGGUAUUUCUGUUAGCUGUGAAGAAUAAAAGAAGUAAAUGCCAAGUUUUUAUUCUGGUAUACUAUAUUAGUAAAUCAAGGGUGGAGUGCUGCUCCAAUCAUGGUUCCUAUCAGCAGCACUUCAUUCACAUGAAAAAGAGACAAAGUUUAAAAUUGCCACCAUCCGUGAUGUGGUGUCUUCAUUUCUAACAUGCUUUUCUUUCAGUGAAAUGGAAUGUAGAGAAUUGUUUGGGUUGAAUUAAGUUUUGUAUGAUCUCACCAACUGACUUAAAAGGGUAUCGCUGCCAUGUGCUUGCUUCCAGUACUUCUACACACACUUCUUUCAGUGUCUGUUAACAAUCAGUGGCUCAGCGCACCUUGUGCUUUUAAAUUUAUCUAUACACCUUUUUUAGUUGGGCACUCAAUUUCUGGUUUAUCUCAAAAUGGCUUGUCUUAAGAUGGCUCAUCGGUAUGUUUAAAAUAAACUAGGCUCAUGUUUUAUGAACAAUUUACAUGCAUACAAGGAUGAAGUCUUUUUGUUAAACUGAUCUAGAUUGCUAUGUAGUCAUGGUGUUCUGUAGAAUGCCAAUGCAGAUGACACCAUUGGCAUUGCUUCCUUUUAAUUAUUAUUAUUAUUAUUAUUAUUAUUAUCAUCAUCAUCAUCAUCAUCAUCAUCAUCAUCAUCCCGCCUUUUGCCCAAUACUGGGCCUCAAGGCGGCCUUACAAAAUUUAAAACAUAUACAUUUAAAAACCUAUGAAAAGAAAUAAACAAAAUAAUAAUAAUAAUAAUAAUAAUAAUAAUAAUAAUAAUAAAAAUAUCAACAUUAAAACAUUAAACAUUUAAGAUACACGACAAUUUUAAAAGUCCUUAACAUAGAUGGAGGCCCAGAUUAUUUGCCAAAGGCCUGCUGGAACAAUGAAGUUUUUGCCUGCUUCCGAAAGCAUAUCAAGGAGGGAGCCAGUCUAGCUUCCCCAGGAAGAGAGUUCCAGAGCACUGGAGCAGCCACCGAGAAGGCCCUCCCCCAUGUUCCCACCAAGCGUGCCUGUGAAGAUGGUGGGACUGAAAGAAGGGCUUCUCCAGAAGAUCUCAAAGCAUGGGCAGGCUCAUAAGGGAGAAUACAUUCUUUCAAAUAACCUGGACCCGAACCAUAUAGAGCUUUAUAGGUCAUAACCAGCACUUUGAAUUGUGCCCGGAAACAGACUGGAAGCCAGUGGAGCUGUUUUAACAGGGGAGUUGUAUGCUCGCUAUAACCAGCCCUGGUCAACAGUCUGGCUGCAGCUCUUUGAACCAGCUGGAGUUUCCGAACACUUUUUAAAGGUAGCCCCACAUAGAGAGCAUUACAGUAAUCCAAUCGGGAUGUAACUAAGGCAUGUAUCACUGUGGCCAGGUCUGACAUCUCUAGGAACAGGUGCAGCUGGCACACUAGCUUUAACUGUGCAAAUGCACUCCUGGCCACUGCCGAAACCGGGGCUUCCAGGCUCAGGGCUGAAUCCAGGAGUACACCUAAGCUGCAGACCUGUGUCUUCAGGGGGAGUGUAACCCCAUCCAGCAUAAGCUGAAUCCCUAUUCCCUGAUCUGCCUUUAGACUGACCAGGAGCACUUCUGUCUUGUCUGGAUUAAGCCCUCAUCCAAUCCAUUAUUGCCAACAGACACCGGUUUUGCACAGAAACAGCUUCCUUGGAAUUGGGUGGAAAGGAGUAGUAGAGUUGGGUAUCAUCAGCGUACUGGUGGCACCGAACCCCAAAAUUCCAGACAACCUCUCUGAAUGGUUUCAUGUAUAUAUUAAACAGCAUGGGGGACAAAACAGAGCCCUGAGGGACUCCACAGACCAACGGCCAAGGAGUUGAACAGGAGUCCCCCAGCACCAUCUUCUGGGUCCGCCCCUCCAGGAAGGAAUGGAGCCACUGUAAAACAGUGCCUCCAAGUCCCAUCUCAGCAAGGUGGCCCAGAAGGAUACCAUGGUCGGUGGUAUCGAAUGCCGUUGAGAGCUCCAGCAGAACCAACAGAGACAAACUCCCCCUGUCCAGUUCCUGGCGAAGGUCAUCCACCAAGGCGACCAAAGCUGUUUCUGUCCCAUAACCAGGCCUGAAGCCAGAUUGAAAUGGAUCUAGAUAAUUCAUCUCAUCCAGGAAUCCCUGGAGUUAGGAGGCCACCACACGCUCCAAUACCAUGCCUAAAAAUGGGAUGUUGGAGACUGGCCGGUAGUUAUCCAAUACAGUGGGGGUCAAGGAGGGCUUUUUCAAUGUGGGUCUUACCACUGCCUCCUUCAAGCAGGCUGGCACCCUACCUUGGCACUGAUCACUCCACUUACCCUCUCGGCCAGUCCCCCUCUGGCUGCCUUUAUAAUCCAGGAAGGGCAAGGAUCUAGCAUACAUGUGGCAGCUCUCACAUCUCUAAGGAUCCUGUCCACAUCGGACUGUGCAAAUUGAAAGGUAUCCAAUAAUACUGGACAAGCAGGUGCCAAGGUUACAUCCACUGGGUCUUUAUCAACAAUAGCAUCCAAGUCAGAGCAGAUCUGAGCAGUUUUGUUUGCAAAGUGCUGGGCAGAUUGGUCACAGUGGGCUGUUGAAAGGUCUGAAAUCUCUUCUUGGGGGCCAGUGUGUAGAAGGCCCCUGACCACCCAAAACAGCUCCACAGGACAGCUCUUUGUGGCCCCAAUAGUGGUAGAGAAAAAAAGUUUUUUUGCUGCCUGUAUUGCCACGGAGUAGGUCUCCAAAUAGGCUCUAGCCCAUGUUCGAUCGGAUUCACUCCAAGUUUUCUGCCGUCAUUCUAGCCUCCAUCUCACUUGAUUCAUUUCUGCCAGUUCCCUGGAAAACCAAGGGGCUGGUGGCUCCACAUCAUGAGAGGAUGCUCAGGAGCAAUUGUGUCCACCCUCCACCCCUGGCUAUUUCUCUAUUCCAGAGAUCGACCAGGGCUUCAACAGAAUCACCUGCCGAGGCAACAGGAAAAUCCCCAAGAGACAUCAGGAAACCAUUUGGAUCCAUCAGCCUCCUGGGGCGGACUAUCUUAAUCGGUCCUCCACCCCUGCAGAGGUUCUGAGUGCCAGCAAGUCUAAACCCCACUAGGUAGUGAUCUGUCCAUGACAACGGAACUGUAGAAAGUACCUCCACUCUCAAUCCCUGUCACCCCAUCCAGCACAGAAAACAAGGUCCAAAGUGUGCCCAGCAGCAUGGGUGGGGCCAGAUAUUAUUUGGGACAGACCCAUGGUUGUCAUGGCGCACAUGAAGUUCUGAGACACUCCCAACAGGGCACUAUGACACUCCUUUAAAUAAAAACCUCUGUAGACAUUUUACAGCCUGGAAUAAGAUAGUACCGACAACCUUCUGUAUGUCUUUUUAAGUUGUCAAGCAAUUUUGCACAUCGUUCGGAGUCUUGCCAUUUUUGUCCACUCCUGUCUACAAAUGUGCAAGACAAGCAUAUGAUACUUUGCGGUAGCAAAUUUUAUGUAAUAAAUAUAUUGUCACAUUAAUAAAUUUAAAGAAUUUGUAUGGAAAACGUUACAAUCUUUUGUAUUUCAUCUAGACUGAGGACAUGCUGUUGUAUGCUAGCUGUAUGCGAUAAAUUCUACAGUAACUUUGUUGUUUAUGGACUUUAAAUAUUUUAAUAAAUGCUGGAGAUCACCUUUUUGAUUCUAGUAUGAAUUUUAGCCAAUACUUUAAUUGGAUGAAACACAAGACAUGCGUCUUCUUUAAAAUAGGUUGCGAGACUUCGUUCUGGAUGUCCAUUAAGGAACGCAAGGGGACGAAUUCCAGCAUGUCAGAGAACUCAACUCUAGGUGGUCGUGUGUU